UUAAGGCAGACCCACGUGAUCGUUAUGUACCACGGCGCUGGAGUAUCGUUACGAGGCCAGUGCGGUUUCUCCAAUUCCUUUGCCUUUAUUUCUAAUCAUGUAUCUGCGGGCACAGAAUCAAUUCCACUUUUUACGUUCCUGAGCGAAUUCACACCCACCCACACAUUUUGUACGGCAUGUUGGUUCUCAAUGCCUGUGGAUGAGAGCGGUGUUUUGGUGUAAGAGAAUCCGGUGUUUACACUAGAGGAGGGGCUUUUGUUGUGCCUGUUAUAUCAGGCACCGAUACAGCAGCAGCAAGGGAUACCCUCUGCUCUACAUUCGGCCGCACCGAAAAUUAUCCUCAGUUCAAAACGAGAGGUGACUCCAGGCUUGAACCUUAAGGUUCUCUCUGUCUCUUCACUCGAAGCAAGGCUAUAGAACGGUUGCUCUUGAUAAUUUCUCUACCACUGAAUCAUCGACCAGACCUGGAAUCUGUUCUCCAUGCGGAAGGCUGAGUGUUUGUACGGGUAAAUGCCAGCGAUUUGCCUGACAAACGCGCGUGCCAGAACACUGUACUGGGGAUACACGUCCGACUGGUUCUGCCGUUGUGAAUGCCGGGACGGGUCGCGUUGUCGGAUCCCCAUUGUAGUGGUUGCGUGACCUCAGGCUUCGCGGGCUCGCCUGCCAUGCAAAUUCCUCCCCCGUGACUAGCUGAGCUAUCUCUCUCCACCGUGAACGAGGAAUAACCGUCUGAACUGUAAGCAGCACUGCUAGCACGAGACUGACAGAAAUAUGACCACCCCGCGUGAAAACGCGAGAACCUGUGGACUGACUGGAGGACAAGGAGGUCGCAGACUCAUUUACUGACGUCCCUGUGUGGCCCUGCCGUGCGUAUGAAUAGUCAUGGCGAACCCCCAGCUGUAGGAAGUACUAUAGAGGUGAGUCGCCGGCGUUACUACCAACCCUAGAGCGCCCCGGAGACAUCCUCACCUGUGGUGCCAGGCCACACGACAUGUUCAAGCGGAAGCACAAGGCACGGUUCUCGGACCUGUACGACACCAUGCCCGAGGAGACCCUACCGUACAGCCGUACGGGCUCCCUGAAGAGAGUGCUGAAGUCGUCGCUGCGCAGGAAGCGACGGGAACUGGACAUUAGUCAGGAAGACCCCACCUAUAGUUGCGUGUACCUUGGGAAUGCUGCUACUUUACACGCCAAAGGGGAAGGGUCCACGGACAAUGCUGUUAAGACAAUAUGGACUAAAUCGAACAAGGGAAAAUCUGGUUCGAGAAUGAAACUGUCUAUAGGGAAUCAGGGCAUAACCCUGACAUACGCAGACAAGGACAGCACGAAGGGUGGACAGUUGUACAUGUUGCACAGAAUAACCUAUUGCGUGGCCGACAAGAAUGUGCCGAGAAUCUUCGCCUGGAUUUACCGACACGAGGUCAAACUGAAGGCGGUCAUGCUGCGCUGCCACGCCGUCUACGUCAAGAAGGAAGAGACCGCCAAAGCCAUGGCCUUACUCUUGUAUCAGACAUUCUCAACGAGCUUGGAGAACUAUAAGAGAGAAAAGAAGGAAAGUGAACGACACAGGGAAAGGGCAGGUAUCCCCUGGCCCAUGACGGUGCCCCGCAGAAAGCUUAUCAAGUCAACCGUGGAGUUUAAGCCACCUGUGGAACGCAGUCGGUCGGCGCCCAAGCUCGGGUGUAUCACCGAGGACGACGCCGAGGAAGACGCACAAGUCGAACAGCAAGAGGCGCUGAACCAUUCCGAAUCCUCUCACAGACACUUGACAGAAGCGAUAGAAGAGGAAGACGAAGAGGAAGAGGAGGGCAGAUAUCAGGAUGCAGAAGGGGAAGGGGAAGGGGACAGCGGCAUCGUCAGCAAUGGUGACGAUGAAGAACUCAUUUCUCGCGGAGUCAUGGAGCUUGAUAUCGGCAAUAACUUACACGACUUGCAAUCGGACCAGGCUGUCGCGACCUUAAUGUUUGGAGACAUCGGACUAGAGGAGGAGGAACAGGACUACGAAGAAGAGGAAACAAGAUUGUAGCAGCGAGCCAAUGUGCAGUCUCGUAUAAGUAAAUGUUAUAAUUAUGUUGUUGUAUUGCUGUUUUAAUUGUCACAUUGGCUCACCUGUC